AUGGAGCUUCGUGUCGGCACGCCGCCGUUCUCCAUCCUGGCCAUCGCUGACACCGGCACCGACCUCAUCUGGGGAUCAACUGCGUCCCCUGCACCAAGCGCGACAAACUCGCAGGCCAGCAGCAAAGUCAUCUUCGGCUGCGCGGCCGUGGUCGCCGGAAGCAAGGUCACCACCCCGAUGACGGUGGAAGGUACCUUCUUCGUCCUCCGGCUAGAAGAGAUCAUAGUCGACGGUGCCGGAUCGGUCCCAGUCCCACCUUCCGCCCCUGGAUUAAGGACAGGCAACAUCAUCAUCGGCUCCGGCACCACCAUAAACUUCUUGCCCGCCGGCGUGCUCUCUAGUUUGGUGCAGGAGGUGUCGAGGGUGGUCAGCCUGCCCAAGGCUACUGAUCCCGACGGAACUCUGCCGCUGUGCUUCACGGUGACCGGCGAGCCUGACAGGCAAAAGUUACCGUGUAUCACGUUCAAGUUCGCCGGAGAGGCGUCGGUGAGGCUGACCCCGAAGACAAUGUUCAUGGACGAAGUGUCCUUCGACGGACUGAUGGUUUGCCUCGCGGUGGCGGAUUCUGGCUUCAGCACGCCGAUAUUUGGUAACACGGCUCAGCAAAAUUUACACGGGUACGAUCUCGAUAUCCUGACAGUAUCCUUCGCUAGUGUUGAUUGCACCGAGGUUUAG